AUGGCGACCGCGGCGGCGUCCAGCGCUCCUCCGCCUCUGGCGGCAGCGGCAGCAGGAGGGCUGGUGGUGGCGGCGGCGGCUCCUGUUUCCCCCCCGCCGCCGGCGGAGGCGGCCGCCCCCUCCUCCCCCUCCCCCUCCCCCCCCGCUCCGGCCCCCCCGGCGGCCCCGCUGCCCCUCCCCCUCCCCCUCCCCGCGGCCUCGGCCGGGCCCCCCCCGGCCCCCCCUCCGGCCGCGCUGUCGGCCCCUUUCCCCGGCGGGCGGGCGGUGCGGCUCCACCCGGUGGUGGUGGCCUCCGUCGUCGACAGCUUCGAGCGCCGCAACGAGGGCGCCGGCAGGGUCAUCGGCACGCUGCUCGGCACAAUCGACAAGCAUUCCGUGGAAGUCACCAACUGCUUCUCAGUCCCUCACAAUGAGUCUGAAGAUGAGGUGGCCGUUGACAUGGAGUUUGCCAAGAAUAUGUAUGAGCUGCACAAGAAGGUUUCCCCCAGUGAGAUCAUUCUGGGAUGGUAUGCAACAGGACAUGACAUCACAGAGCAUUCGGUUUUGAUCCAUGAAUACUACAGCCGAGAAGCGCACAAUCCAAUUCACCUCACUGUGGACACCAGUCUACAAAAUGGGCGCAUGAGCAUUAAGGCCUACGUCAGCACUGCCAUGGGGGUCCCGGGCAAGACGAUGGGAGUGAUGUUCACGCCCCUCACAGUGAAGUAUGUCUACUACGACACGGAGCGGAUAGGAGUGGAUCUCGUCAUGAAGACGUGCCUCAGCCCAAAUCGAGUGAUUAGUUUGUCCAGUGACCUGCAGCAGGUGGGAUCUGCUUCUGCUAGGAUUCAGGAUACCCUGACCACCGUGCUGCAAUACGCAGAGGAUGUGCUGUCUGGUAAAGUGUCUGCUGACAACACCGUCGGCCGUUUUCUGAUGGAUCUCAUCAACCAGGUGCCAAAGAUCACACCGGAGGACUUCGAGACCAUGCUGAACAGCAACAUCAAUGACCUGCUGAUGGUGACUUAUUUGGCAAAUCUCACACAGUCACAGAUCGCACUCAAUGAAAAAAUUUUAAGCCUGUAACGGAACCCUGUGGCC